CGGUAAUAAUCAUUUUUUUAUGUUUUUGUUUUCAUCUUGCACUUGUUUAUUGCUCUUCAUCUCACAUUUUUUGCAUCUUUUUUGCUGUUUUCACCUCAUUUAGCGUACUUAAAUCAUGCUUAAAGUCAUUUCUGUGUGUUUUGUGGCCUUUCUUUGUGUUGAUUUGGCCUUGUGUGGCCCCCUCGUAGGGCGCUCUGGGGGUAGCAAAGCCACCUCUGGGCGUCGAAACUACAUUGGAUCACAGGAUGGUGCGCCGAAGAUGCUGGCACCGAAGAAAGCGGGAAUGUCUUCGUGGGGCGUAAUCUCCCUCAUAAUGUUUGCCAUUCUCAUUGGAUUUGGGGGCUACUAUGGGUACAUUUGCUACCCAUUUAUGUGCAAGAAGGAGCGUCACUACGACGUGAUGGAUGCAGCAUCCUCAUCCACAAGUGCCAGCACCCCCACAACGAGAUCUGCGGAAUUUGAGAAGAUGGAUCCGGAAUUUGAUGGGUCCAAUGUGUUCAGAUACAAAUAGCCAGCACCCCCCAGGGCAGGGCAGCUGUGCAGGUAUUCUCCACGUAGUAUUUUAAGUUUAAAUUUCUUCGAAUUUAGUAUUAGGAGGAAAACGGAAGGACGAUGGAAUCUCUUCAUCCGUGAAGACUGAAAAUUUGCCAAUUUUUUGAUCACAAAGCUCUUAAAUUGGGAUGUUCUUGCUUCAAGGGGGGACCUCCCCCAGGGGGGCUCACCGGAUGCAGACAUCCUGGUACAAAAAGGUAUUAUUCGAUUUAGGAAUAAAUUUUAUACGACUUGA